AUGAAAGGUGCGGCCCACAAGCAAGACGCACGUGAGUCGGGAGGGCUCGUUGGGGCGGAGCUGCCGCGGCGCAGCAGCAGCAGCAGCAGCAGCAGCAGCAGCAGCAGCAAUUUGUUUUGCGCAGAAGAUCUUUUGCUUUUGAACUUCCUCGCGAGCGGCUCGGCGGACACGAUGCGGCUGGUGCUGGGCGCAGUAGGCCUGCUGGCCACUCUGCACUGCUGCUGCGCCCCCGCAGCGGCCCAAGGCAGCAGCCUCGUAGACGCUGCAGUCAAAAAGGCAGUCCAGGAGUCUGUGGGCGUUCCUGUCAGUGAGUUUUGGAAGGACUUUUACGCGGCGGUGGUGCGGCGGAGGGGCGCGCGGGCCGCGAGGCGGCUGCGCUACGCGAUGGCCAAGCUCCUGGGCCGCGACGACGCGCUGGCCCUCGCCUCCUUCCUCAUGGACAGGCUCAAGGAAGAAGUCUUCCAAAACAGAGUCAACAAACAAACUUGGGACGAACUCACCAUGGAGCUCUACACGGCCCUCCGCGAGUGGUGGCGGGCCACCCCCGAGCACCCCCGCGACGCUGCGGACUUAGGCGCAUGGCAGGCUCUGGUGAACUUGCAAAAAAACUUGCUGGGCCCUUCGCUGCGGGGCAGCUCUCGUCUUAACGUAAUAAACGAUUUGCUGCUGGAGCCGGAGCUGGAGACCCUCAGGGCCUGGGUCAGCGAGUGGCGGGGGGGGCCUGCUGCUGCUGCUGCUGCUGCUGCUGCGGAGCCGCAGCAGCAGCAGCAGCAGCAGCAGAAGCCCGCCGAACCCGCGGCGGCUGCCGCGGCGCCGGCGGCAGCGGCGGCCGCGCAGGAGAAGCCCAAGGCGGAGUAG